CCUCCUCACACACCGGCAGCUGCCGGUCGCUGGAGCCCCCUUUCAGGACAGCUCUGGGCACGCAGGGCCCUGCCUCCCGCGCUCGCUUAGCUCACCUGGCGGGGAAGUAGGAGGGGCGGGCCUGGGAGCCCCGCCAGGCCCCGAGUGGGACUGGGUGUCCCACCGCCUCUGCCGCCUCUGCAGCCCCCUCCGGCCCUCUCUCCCUCCUCCUGCCUGGCGGGCGGGUCCAGCUGUGUUCCAUUAGCGGCUCUGGCAAGUCCCCAGCCCCCUGGAUCCGCCCCCUCUUCCCCGCCGGAGUGGGCGGCAGUACCCGGCAGGCGCGCUCUCGGGGCAGCAAUCAGCCCCCAGAGCUCAGGACCUGGGACGCUGGGGACCCUCGGCUGGCCAGAAGUGACCAAGGGCUUCCUAGUGGGCCUGAGGAACCUGGGUCCUGCUCCCUGUGGCUGGCCGCCUUUGGCUGCCUGAACUACUCAGGGAGGUUGGGGAUCCCCAACCAAGGUGCUGCGGCUGUGGCCGUCUUCUCUGGACAAGGAUGUGGGCAUCUUGGACUCCUGGCUUGUGGCUGCUCAGUCUCUGGGUCACCUGCAGUCAUGGGGCAGAUACAGGUGAGCAAUGCCCACCUUCACAGCAAGAAGGACUCAAGUUGGAACACAGAAGCCACUUAUCAACCAAUGUGACUGGCUUCAAUCUCAUCCGCCGACUCAGCCUUAUGAAGACAUCUGCCAUCAAGAAGAUCCGCAACCCCAAGGGGCCUCUCAUCCUGAGACUGGGGGCAGCCCCACUCAGCCAGCCCACACGGCGGGUGUUCCCUCAGGGCCUCCCCAAUGAGUUUGCUCUGGUGCUCACACUAUUGCUGAAGAAACACACCCGCCAGAACACGUGGUACUUGUUUCAAGUGACCGAUGGAGAUGGGUAUCCACAGAUCUCCCUGGAAGUCAAUAGCCAAGAUCGGAGCCUGGAGUUCCGGGCCCGGGGCCAAGAUGGUGACUUUGUGUCCUGCAUCUUCCUGGUGCCCCAGCUCUUCGACCUGCGUUGGCACAAGCUGGUGUUAAGUGUGGCUGAACGCGUGGCCUCUGUGCACAUGGACUGCACCUCAGCUUCUUCCCAGCCCCUGGGGCCCCGGCGACCCAUGCGGCCUGUGGGCCAUGUCUUCCUGGGCUUGGAUGCUGAGCAGGGCAAACCCGUCUCGUUUGACCUCCAGCAGGCACACAUCUACUGUGACCCAGAGCUCGUGCUGGAGGAGGGCUGCUGUGAGAUUUUACCGGCAGGGUGUCCCCCAGAGACCUCCAAGGCCCGCCGGGACACCCAGAGCAAUGAGCUCAUCGAGAUCAAUCCACAGACUGAAGGCAAAGUCUAUACCCGCUGCUUCUGCCUGGAGGAGCCUCAAAACAGCAAGGUGGAUGCCCAGCUGACUGGACGAAUCAGCCAGAAGGAAGAAAGGGUAACGAAGGCCCAUCAGGAGACAGCAGCCAAUGAGUGCCCACCCUGUGUCCAUGGUGCCCAGGAGAGCAAUGUCACAAUUGGUCCCUCUGGCCCCAAGGGAGGGAAAGGGGAACGGGGCCUGCCUGGCCCAUCUGGCCCCAAGGGAGAGAAGGGAGCCCGGGGCAAUGACUGUGUCCGAAUCUCUCCAGAUGCCCCACUUCAGUGUGCAGAAGGCCUGAAGGGAGAGAAGGGGGAGUCAGGAGCCUUGGGACCCUCAGGACCCCCAGGCUCCACAGGCCAGAAGGGCCAGAAAGGCGAGAAGGGAGACGGAGGCAUCAAGGGCUCGCCGGGAAAGCCAGGCCGAGAUGGCCGGCCAGGUGAGAUCUGCGUCAUGGGGCCCAAAGGGCAGAAGGGAGACCCUGGCUUUGUCGGGCCUGAAGGGCUGGCAGGAGAGCCUGGGCCCCCUGGCCUCCCUGGGCCCCCUGGGGCAGGACUUCCUGGGACCCCGGGGGACCCGGGUGGCCCACCAGGACCUAAGGGAGACAAGGGCAGCUCCGGGGUGCCAGGAAAGGAAGGUCCUGGAGGGAAACCUGGAAAGCCAGGGGUGCCAGGACUGAAGGGAGAGAAGGGUGACCCCUGUGAAGUGUGCCCGAUGCUGCCUGAAGGGCUUCAGAACUUUGUAGGCCUCCCUGGAAAGCCAGGGCCCAAGGGGGAACCAGGGGAUUCUGCACCAGCCAGGGAGGGCCUGGGAGCUGCUGGACGAAAAGGUGAUCGGGGAGACCCUGGCAUCCAAGGCCUCAAAGGAGAGAAGGGGGAGUCUUGCUUGUCCUGCAGCCUAGCUGUAGGGGCCCAGCAUUUGGGGCCCUCUAAAGAGGCCAAAGGAGACAUGGGCCCCCCUGGCUUCGGUUUGCCUGGCCUUCCGGGCAAGGCCGGAGAGCGGGGACUGAAGGGGCAGAAGGGUGAUUUCGGGGAGGCAGGGCCAGCUGGCAGUCCGGGGCCACGAGGGCCAGUGGGACCCACAGGCAUCAAAGGGGAGAAGGGGGAGCCUUGUGAGCCAUGCCCAGCCCUGUCCAAGCUGCAGGAUGGGGACAGCCCCAUGGUGGCCUUGCCUGGGCCUCCUGGGGAGAAGGGAGACCCUGGGCCUCCAGGCUUUGGCCUUCCAGGAAAACAGGGCAAGGCCGGAGAGCGGGGACUGAAGGGGCAGAAGGGUGUUGCUGGGAAUCCUGGAGAUCCUGGAACGCCAGGCACCAUGGGGCAGCCGGGACUGUCAGGAGAGCCUGGAGUGCGGGGCCCCAUGGGGCCGAAAGGGGAAAAGGGUGAUGGAUGCACUGCCUGCCCCAGCCUGCAGGGGGCGAUGACGGACAUGGCUGGGCUGCCUGGGAAGCCGGGUCCCAAAGGAGAGCCAGGCCUGGAAGGUGUGGGCCGGCCUGGUAAACCGGGCCAACCUGGCCUACCAGGAGUUCAAGGACCCCCUGGACUAAAGGGCAUACAGGGAGAACCUGGGCCACCAGGAAUGGGAGCCCAGGGGCCCCAGGGAGAGCCUGGAGCCCAGGGUUUGCCUGGCAUUCAGGGGCCUCGGGGACCUCGGGGGCCACAUGGCUCUGCUGGAGAGAAGGGUACCAAGGGAUCUCCAGGGGUGAAAGGAGCUCCUGGACCUAUGGGACCUCCUGGAACCAGUGUCUCUGGGCCUCCGGGCCCUGGUGGGCAGCAAGGACAGACUGGACUUCCGGGAGCCAGAGGGGUGCCAGGUGAAAAGGGGCCUCAGGGAGAGAAGGGCGAACCAGGAGAGUGCUCUUGCCCUUCCCGGGGAGACCCUGUCUUCUCUGGCAUGCCGGGUGCUCCGGGACUUUGGAUGGGCAGCUCCUGGCAGCCGGGCCCGCAGGGUCCUCCAGGUGUUCCCGGACCACCAGGCCCCCCUGGAAUGCCUGGGCUGCAGGGAGUGCCUGGAAACAACGGCUUGCCAGGACAGCCAGGCCUAACUGCGGAACUGGGGUCCCUACCGAUUGAACAGCACCUCCUGAAGAGCAUCUGUGGGGAAUGUGCCCAGGGGCAGACAGCCCACCCAGCGGCCCUUGUGGAAAAAGGACAGAAGGGCGAUCAGGGCAUCCCUGGUGUGCCAGGCUUCGACAACUGUGCCUGGUGCUUCGCAGAGCGGGAGCGUCCACGAGCUGAGGAGGCCCGGGGAGACAACGAUGAAGGAGAUCCAGGCUGUGCUGGGAGUCCCGGCCUGCCCGGCCCCCCGGGAUUGCCCGGCCAGAGGGGAGAAGAGGGUCCACCUGGCAUGAGGGGUUCCCCAGGUCCUCCGGGCCCUAUUGGCCCCCCAGGUUUCCCUGGUGCUGUUGGCUCCCCCGGAUUGCCCGGUCUUCAAGGAGAGCGAGGCCUCAGGGGCCCAUCAGGAGAGAAGGGGGAACUGGGUCCUCCAGGGCAACCUGGCUACCCAGGUGCCAUGGGCCCCCCAGGACUGCCUGGCAUCAAGGGGGAGCGUGGCUAUGCUGGGCCUGCAGGAGAGAAGGGAGAGUCGGGUCCUCCAGGCUCUGAAGGCCCUGCAGGCCCCCCAGGUCCAGUGGGUCCCCGAGGAGAGCGAGGACCCCAAGGGAACUCGGGCGAGAAGGGCGACCAGGGAUUUCAAGGCCAGCCAGGCUUUCCAGGUCCACCGGGUCCCCCUGGAUUCCCAGGCAAAGCUGGCACACCUGGCCCCCCUGGCCCCCAAGCGGAGAAGGGCAGUGAAGGGGUUCGAGGCCCAGCAGGCAUGCCUGGUUCUCCUGGGCCACCAGGAUCUCCUGGGAUUCAGGGCCCUGCCGGCCUGGAUGGUCUGGAUGGGAAGGAUGGCAAGCCUGGCUUAAGGGGGGAUCCUGGGUCCCCUGGCCCCCCUGGACUCAUGGGACCCCCGGGCUUCAAGGGAAAAACAGGACAUCCUGGCCUUCCGGGACCCAAGGGUGACUGUGGAAAACCAGGUCCCCCAGGCAGCAGUGGCCGGCCCGGAGCAGAGGGUGAGCCUGGAGCCAUGGGACCCCAGGGAAGACCUGGUCCUCCCGGCCAUCUUGGGCCACCAGGGCCUCCAGGUCAGCCGGGCCCAGCAGGGAUCUCUGCAGUGGGCCUGAAAGGAGACCGAGGAGCUACUGGAGAAAGGGGCCUUUCAGGCCUUCCAGGCCAGCCUGGUUCACCUGGACACCCUGGCCCCCCGGGCGAGCCUGGUGCGGAUGGUGCAGCUGGCAAAGAGGGACCCCCUGGAAAACAGGGACUCUAUGGACUGCCUGGUCCGAAGGGUGAUCCUGGACCUUCAGGACAGAAGGGCCAUGCAGGAGAGAAGGGAAGAGCUGGCAUGCCUGGCGGGCCUGGCAAGAGUGGCUCCAUGGGACCUGUUGGGCCACCAGGUCCUGCAGGGGAGAGAGGCCACCCUGGAUCUCCAGGACCUUCAGGGAGCCCCGGAUUGCCUGGGGUGCCUGGCUCCAUGGGAGACAUGGUGAAUUAUGAUGAAAUCAAGAGGUUCAUCAGACAAGAGAUCAUUAAAAUGUUUGAUGAGAGGAUGGGUUACUACACCUCCAGGAUGCAGUUCCCCAUGGAAGUGGCAGCGACUCCUGGCCGACCAGGGCCCCCAGGGAAGGAUGGUGCUCCGGGCCGGCCAGGCGCUCCAGGAUCACCUGGGCUCCCUGGUCAGAUUGGCAGAGAAGGACGGCAAGGCUUACCAGGAAUGAGAGGAUUGCCUGGUACCAAAGGUGAAAAAGGAGACAUUGGUAUUGGCAUUGCAGGAGAAAGCGGUCUCCCUGGUCCCCCAGGUCCUCAAGGUCCUCCGGGCUAUGGCAAGAUGGGUGCCACUGGACCAAUGGGCCAGCAAGGAAUUCCUGGUAUCCCCGGCCCCCCGGGUCCCAUGGGCCAGCCGGGGAAGGCUGGGCACUGCAGCCCAUCUGACUGUUUCGGGGCCAUGCCACUGGAGCAGCAGUACCCCCCCAUGAAAACCAUGAAGGGGCCUUUUGGCUGAAAUCACCUCUCUUAGAUGAAGGACGCCAUUGGGAAUAGAUGAACUCUUACAGGAUUCUGUGAUGGGUUGUGAAUGUUUUGUUUUUCGUAAUGCCUAUUAAUAUUUUUUUUAUCAAUAAAGAAACAAACAAAACGAU